AAGGGAAGCAACUAUCGAAAAAUAAACAGUAAGCGACGAAGUACUAUAUCAGUUUUAAAACGUCUUGAUCAGAUGCUAGGCCUAUAUAGAAAUGACAGCCAAAGUGAAGUGGACAGCAAUAGUUCUGACAUGUGCUAAAAAAGAAUGGGGAGAGGCAGUACAGAAAGAACUAGAACUAAGACAAGCCAAAGGAUAUAUAGACAAAGAUGUUAUUGUAUUGACCGUAGAAGAUCCAAAGAGUAAUGUUGGCAGUGGUGGAGCUACUAUCAAUGCCUUACUCACAGUAACAGAAUACAUCAGUGCAAAACAAGGAUAUUCAGUGAUAAACAGUGAUGUACUUCAAGAAUCUCAUAUACUUAUUCUUCAUAGUGGCAGAUCCUAUCCAUAUGAUCCAUGUGGUAGGACUUUUAUGGUACUUCCUGUCAGCUAUACAAACCCAGAGUAUGACGGACUUAUAACAAAUGUAGACUUACUCAUUAAUAAUAUAUCAGAAAAGCUAGCAGUUAAAUCUGGUCCUGGACUAUGGGUGUCUAGUACAGACAUGAUCUUGUCUAUACCUGACAAUGCAGAAGUUCCAUGGAAGCCUUGUGAUGCAUGUGCCAUAACAGUUCCUAGUACACCAAAAUAUUGUAAAGAUCAUGGAGUUUAUAAAAUAGACAAAGAUGGAAAUGUAGGAGAUAUAUUAUUUCAGAGAGACAUUAGUAGUCUUGAAUGUUGUGAAAGACCUGAUGGUAAAGUUCCUGUGGUGCCAUCAGUUGUAUACUUUAGCAGUGCUGUAGCUGGGAAGUUACUUAGUUUCUACAUGAAGCCUCCAUUAGAUGCUUGUACAUACAUGGGACUUGAUAGUGGUGAACCACCUAUCCAGUUAUCUCUUUUUUUCGAUGUGAUGUUGCCAAUGACAACAGAAGCUACAGAAGUGGAGUUUGUGUCAGGACAGAAUUCAAGAAACCAGGGAGACAAAAACUCAGAGAUAGAAAAACUAAUGAGGUCAGCAAGGGCAUUGCUAUGGAAAGAACUAAGUAGUACAAAUAUAUAUACCUGUAUGAUAGAAGAAGGAUCAUUCCAUUACUUAACUAACACAGUUCUUAACCAUAAAUAUCAGAUAACAGCCUGUCCUCUUUCUGACAAUUUUCCAAAGAGUGAGCUUACCUGGAACAGGUCUACACAUUCCUAUAAACAGGUUGGAGUAAUGGUUGAUGAAGAAAGUAGUGUUGUGAAUUCUGUGUUGUUAGGAGAUGUAGAAGUUGGGAAGAAAUCUGUUGUAUGUGGAUGCCAUAUUGGUGGACGGGUUGUUAUACAGUCUGACUCAUUUAUCUCAGGAUUAAAAAUAGAACACUAUCAGACAAAGAAGACAAUAAAGUUUGCUGAUGCUGUUGUUGUACAAGGUUACAAUAUUCAUAUCAAAUCACUGGGAAUGACCAAAUAUGUUUUAACUACACAUGGUAGAUUUGAUCUCAUUCAGUUACCAAUGUGGAGAUCAACAAGUAGCUUUUGCAAUAGUCCUUGGAUAGUUAUGAUGAAUAGAACAGGGAUGAUAAAAGAAGAUCUGUGGUCAUCUGAUAUUGACAAUGACAGUCAGUCGAUAAUGACAGCCAAAUUGUUCCCUGUGUUCCAUGCCAUAGAACAAGUUGGGUUAAAGGAAAUUCUCUGGCUUCAAGGUCAAAUAGAGGAUAAGGAUGGAUCAAUAUUAAAAAGGUGGAGAUCAUCAUGGAGGUUAUCUCUACAAGAAAUUUUAGACUUAGUAAACAUUGAAGAGGAGUUUCAUUGGAAGAGGCAGCUAUUUUAUGAUGUGAGUCAAAGAAAUAUAGAAGAUGGAUUAAAAGAAAAGAAAAAUAUAGGAUUUAGAAGUAUUUAUACUAGUGCUGUAACUGAUGGAUUUGCUGAUGUUAUACUUAAAACACUAGAUGAAGUGGCAGCUAACAGUGAAGGUGAACCAGGUGUGACAGCAAGGACCCUUGCUAAUAUAGCUGAUGUUCUGGGAUGCAUGGGAGGUGCACAAGGUGGAUUGAGGAGUGGACCUGCAGCUAAUAAGUCUUGGGCUAAAGCUUUCCAUCUUUUAGAAAUUGGAGACUUGAAAAAUGGAAUUGCAGCUUUAGCAAAGGAACGAUCUAAAUGGUUAAGUCGACCUGACUUAUGUAUUAGGGCAGCUAGGCAUUAUGAAGGAGCUGCUUCCAUCUUCAUUAGACAUGCUGUCAAAACUGUCAAAGAAUUCUUUAAACCAGAGUCAUGUGAGCUACCUCCACUAGGUAAAUGGUUGACAGCAGAAUGUCCCGCUAGGAUAGAUGUUUCUGGAGGCUGGUCUGAUACCCCACCAAUAACAUAUGAACAUGGAGGAGCAGUUACCAUGGUAGCCUUACUUGUUAAUGGAAAGAAACCUGUUGGUGCUAGGGUCAAAAGGAUUCCUGAACUGAAAUUAGUAUUUGUUAUUAUAAAUAAUGGAGUUGAAAGUUCAAGGGUUGUAUGUGAAGAACUUCACGACCUGGAGGAUUAUAAUCAACCUUAUGCUUCUGGUGCACUUCUAAAAGCUACGUUUAUAUGUGGUGGUAUUAUUGAUUUAGAAUCAAGUCAAUCUUUAAGUGAACAGUUACAGACCAACUAUGGAGGUGGAUUUGAAAUUCAAAGCUGGUCUAAUUUACCUCUUGGAUCAGGUAUGGGUACCAGUAGUAUAUUAUCUGCUGCCUUGAUUGGAGUAAUAAUGAGGGCUGCUGGAAAGUCAUGUGACAGAAUGGGAAUUAUACAUUUGGAAUUAUAUGUCGAGCAGAUGAUGACAACUGGUGGAGGAUGGCAGGAUCAAGUUGGAGGGAUCUGUGGAGGAAUACACCUUGGUUUGUCAGAAGGGAAACUACCUGUGUCAAUACAAGCAGUAAACCUGAAAGUUUCUGAAGAGACUGUGAAAGCAUUUAAUGAGAGAAUAGUAUUGAUUUAUACAGGGAAGACCAGACUGGCAAGAAAUCUAUUACAGGAUGUUGUUAGAAAUUGGUAUGCUCGUAAUCCACUGAUAGUUGAAACAGAAGACAACUUGGUGGCUCUAGCUCAGGAAUGUUCCCAUGCAUUUAUAGAUGGUGAUUUGAAAAAAGUAGGGUCCUGUCUGGAUCGUUAUUGGCGGAUGAAGAAAAUAAUGGCACCAGGUUGUGAAACACAGAUAAUUUCCACAUUAAUGGAAGCUGUUAGACCAUUUGCCUUGGGUAUAUGUAUGGCAGGGGCAGGUGGAGGUGGAUUUAUGUACGUCUUAGCACAGGAUCCUCUGAAGAGAGAUGUCAUCAAACAACUCAUACCAACAGUAAAGAUUUCUGGACAAGAAAUGGGAGCUGAAGCAGAAGUUUAUGAAGCUUGUGUGGACAUGGAAGGUUUAAAGAUCACAAUAGAAGAAUAGGCAAAGAAAUAGACUUAUACAAGGAUUUAUAUGGGCUUCAAUUGUCUUAAAGUGCAAUUAUUUUUACUGGAUUUUUUUUUAAUAAUAAAGUGAGGGGUAUAUUUUUUUUCAUUUUAGAUUAUUGUCUCCAUGUCUCAGGUAGAGACAUAGUGAUGUAAAGACUUAUACAAAUAUUUAUGUGGGCUUCAGUUGUCUUAAAGUGCAAUUACUAACACUGGAUUUUUUAUUAAUAAUAAAGUGAAGGGAAAUAUU